GGAAACGACGAGUCUAUCGUCGUACUUGACGCUCAGCUUGUUAUGGAAGUGGACUCCCAAAUCUGCCCCAAUAUAGUCGAACCAGCAAGUUCAGCUGGAGUAUGCCCAAGUCGGUUGGAAGUGACUACUGGCCUAGUUGAAAUGUGUGGCCGAGAGAGAACGUGCUCUGUCAUGCCUGACGCUGCUAUGCUUCCUCCCGGCUUUCCUCCUCUCUGUGCUAGGAGGCAUCUACGACUCAGUUACGCCUGUGAUUCUAACAAGGCUGAUGAAACUUAG